AUGAAAACUGCUUUGUCCUCUAUAACCCGCUGUUUUGUCUUUCCCAAAUCUAGUGAUACUAGUAAUUCUAGGUUUGUGUGUCGACUGACUAAAUCCUAUACUACAAAGCUUAAACAUUAUUUCCAUAUCAAUCAGGCUACAGCUAGUGCUCAGAUCAUUAAAACGUUUCGACAAAUUAGCAUUAUAAAUAUUCAAAUGCCUUCAGACCUCUCUGGUUAUGUUUGUGUGGUUACAGGAGCUAGUCGCGGUGUCGGUCAAGGUAUAGCUAUCGGCCUUGGUAAGGCAGGAGCUACCGUUUACCUUACUGGAAGAACUCUUUCAUCAGAAAAUGGUAAAGGAGGAGUUAGUCUUCGUGAUACUGCCCAUAUUAUUAACGCAUCAGGCGGAAAAGCAAUCACUGUUGCUGUGGAUCAUUCUGAUGAUACACAAGUUGCAGGACUAUUUUCUCGUAUUCAUAAAGAACAAUAUGGUCGUUUAGAUAUAUUUGUAAAUUGUGCAUUUAGUGCAACUGAUUAUUUAUUGGAUAAUAAUAAUUCACCAUAUUGGGAAUCUAAACUUCGUCCAAAUGAAGAAUGGGAUUUAAUUAAUCGAGUUGGACUUCGUAAUGCAUAUAUAUGUAAUGUAUUAGCUACACGUAUGAUGAUAAAAUGUCGUGAAGAGUCAAUGGAUUUAACAAAGAAUAAUGAAAAUGCAUAUAAUCAUUCUAAUAAUAUAACAACUUCACUUGUUCAGAAUAAACCAUUACCUACAGGAUUAAUUGUAAACAUUUCUAGUUUCGGUGGAAUUACAAGGAUAUUUAAUGCUGCAUUUUGUGCAGGUAAAUCAUCUUUGGAUAGAAUUAGUCAAGAAAUGGCACGUGAUCUGAAAGAACAUAAUGCAAAUAUUAGUAUUGUCAGUAUUAUACCUGGACUUAUACAAACAGAAUCAGUUGUUUCAGCCUAUGAAAGUGGCAAUUCAGUUAAACUGUUUGGAUAUGAUGCCAGUUUAAGAAUGGCUAUGCCAGCUCCUAUUCUUGGUGAUGUAAUUGCAUGUUUAGCUCAACAAUCAAAUAAUAAAAAAUUACUUCAACGUUCUGGUCAUUGUUUAUUUGCACCUGAUUUAGCUGCAGAAUUCGGUAUAAAAUCAUAUGAUGGUUAUAAUUUUACAAAUUUACGUUCUAUUAAAGGAUUAUUACAAUUAAUUGGUUGGAAACAUUUAGCUAUUUUAUUUCCAGGAUUUAUUAAAGUCCCUUAUUGGUUAAUUGCUAUAGUUACAUCGAAAUUUUAG